AUGCCCUUCAACAGUCUGGUGGGGAUCCUGCAGACGCUGGAGCUGGGCUUCAUCCAGGAGCUGGAGGUGUUCGACUGGUUCCAGGCGCUGUCGGAGCAGAGCCUGUUUGCCACGCAGCUGGGGAGGAUCUACAACGUGCGCAGCCUCAAGCUGGCCUACUACCACUGGGCCUUUCCCCCCCGAGGGCGACAAUCCUCCAGCUGCUUCCUGUCCCAGCUCAGCAAGCUUGGCCACCUCCAGAAGCUCCACCUGUCCUACUCCUACAUCUCAGGCAGCCUACACCAUCUCCUCAGGUGCCUGCAGGUCCCACUGCACACCCUGGAGAUCCGCUCCUGCACGCUUCUGGACACCGACAUCACCUACUUGUCCCAGAGCCUUCACGCCACCUGCUUGAGGAAGCUGGAUCUGAGCGGCAUCAACCUGUCCUACAUGGUCCCUGGGCCCUUAGAGACCCUGCUGGCAAAGGUCUCAGGGACACUGCAACACCUGGACCUGAACCACUGCCAGCUGAAGGAUGCCCACCUCAGUGCCAUCCUGCCAGCCCUGUGCCGCUGCUCCCGCCUCAGCUCCCUGGGUCUCUCCAACAACCUCGUGUCCAGGGCAGGCCUGCUGAGCCUGCCGGAGCGCACGGCAGGGCUGGCGGAGCUGAAGCGGGUGCUCUACCCCAUCCCGAUUGAGUGCUGCGUGUACCUGCACGGCGUCUCCUGGGGGCCUGUGAACAAAGGCAGGCUGUGCCAGAUGCAGGCUGAGAUGCAGAAGCUGCUGCAGGCCAUGCAGCGGGCCGACAUGCAGUGGAGCCCCCCGCUGCCCUCGCCCUUGCCCAUGAGGCUGAUGCAGCUCGACUGGGGCCGAGGCAGGGCCCGGGGAACCGCAACGCCGACGCGCGGGAGCCGGAGGGCAGACGCUGGCGCGCAGAACGCGGGGACGCCAGAAGCGCUGGACCCGGAAGUAGGGGUUGCCGGUGGCCGCCCCGGGAGCAAAAGUCGGAGCGGAAACCCCUGUGGGGCUGCGGGAGAGCGGCGGGCGAAGGUCCUCUCGCUGGGCAGGUCAGAGAAGCUGCAAGAGCGGGCCUUUUUCGGGCGUGUUUCCUGA